GCCUUCCCCCGGCUGCAAUGGCUGAGCGUGUGCGCCAGGGUACGGGCGCGCUCACACAAAGGGAAGGAAGGGAGGAAGGAGCCAUGUUCUGUGCGCGCGGCGGCGGAGCGGCCAUUCCGCGCCUCCCUCUCCUUCUCCUCCCUCCCUCCCGCCCGGCCCCGCCGCCCCUCAGCGGGGGUCCCGCGGCCUUCGCGCCGUGCGGAGGGCCCGGGCGGAGGGCGCGCGUGUCCGGGCCGGGAGGGGGGGGGGGCGGCGCGGCGCGGCGGUCGGUCGCACAAAAUGGAAGCAGCCGGGCGGCGCUGACCUCCUCCGCCCGCAGCCCGCGCCAUCGCGGCCGCUCCGCACCGCCGCGGCGCAGCGCCUCGCCCCGCGCUGAGGGCCGAGGGCGGCGGGCUGCUCCUUCCUCGGAGGCCGCCCGGAGCGUUUCGCCCCGAGCCCCGAUAAACUUUCCCGGCGCCGCCGAUCCCGGCGGGCUUUCUUCUUUGCGCGCCCUCUCCCCGCCCCCGGCCGCGCUCCCGGGGCGCCCCUCAGCCCCCGCCGGGACGCGGCCAAAAUGGCGGGAAGGCGCCUUUUAAACGCCGCGCUCGGCCGCACUGCCCCGGCGGCAGGAAGCGCCCCGGGCCCGGAGCCGCCGCGGGCCGCGGCCCUCUUGUUUACUGAGAGAAACUUCAGACCGGACGUGUUAAGUCACGGAGCGGCAAUCUGUUUCUGUCUAUCCGCCAAACCGAUGGGAAGCGUCGCCGCUGCGGCGAUACGGGCGGCCCGCGGUGGGAAAAUCCUCAAAAAUGGGCAAAGGUGAUCCCAAGAAGCCGAGAGGUAAAAUGUCUUCAUACGCCUUCUUUGUGCAAACCUGCCGGGAGGAGCACAAGAAGAAACAUCCAGAUGCUUCAGUGAACUUCUCAGAGUUCUCAAAAAAAUGCUCAGAACGAUGGAAGACUAUGUCUUCUAAGGAGAAAGGGAAGUUUGAAGAUAUGGCAAAGGCUGACAAGCUUCGUUAUGAAAAAGAAAUGAAAAACUAUGUACCACCUAAGGGGGAAACAAAAAAGAAGUUCAAGGAUCCAAAUGCACCGAAGAGGCCUCCUUCGGCUUUUUUCUUGUUUUGCUCUGAGUUUCGUCCAAAAAUCAAAGGAGAACAUCCCGGUCUGUCCAUUGGGGACGUGGCAAAGAAACUGGGAGAGAUGUGGAACAACACCGCAGCAGAUGAUAAACAGCCUUACGAAAAGAAGGCUGCUAAGCUGAAGGAGAAGUAUGAGAAGGAUAUUGCUGCAUACCGGGCCAAAGGGAAGGUUGAUGCAGGCAAAAAAGUAGUUGCCAAGGCCGAGAAGAGCAAGAAGAAGAAGGAAGAAGAGGAAGAUGAGGACGAAGACGAGGAGGAUGAAGAGGACGAAGAAGAGGAAGAAGAGGAGGAGGAAGAUGAUGAUGAUGAUGAAUAAGUCUCUUUUAGAGCAAUUUCUUUCUUGUCUAUAAAGCAUUUAACCCCCCUGUACACAACUCACUCCUUUUAAAGAAAAAAAAAAUGAAAUGUAAGGCUGUGUAAGAUUUGUUUUUAAACUGUACAGUGUCUCUUUUUUUGUAUAGUUAACACACUACCGAAUGUGUCUUUAGAUAGCCCUGUCCUUAGUGGUAUUUCAAUGGCCACUAACCUUGCCUGGUACAGUGUGGGGGUUGUAAAUUGGCAUGGGAGUUUUAAAGCAGGUUCUUGUUGGUGCACAGCACAAAUUAGUUCUAUUUGGGGAUGUAGUUCAUUUCUCAUCUUCAGUUGUCUCUGAUGCAUCAUAAAAAUAAUUGUCAUUCUGUUAAUUGAAUACCACUCUGUAAUUGCAAAAAGGAAGAAAAGAAAGUUGCAGCUGUUUUGUUGACAUUCUGAAUGCUUCUAAGUAAAUACAAUUUUUUUUAUUAGUAUUGUUGUCCUUUUAAUAGGUGCCCUGGAAAAUCAUACUUUUUCUUUUCUCUCUCUCUCUUUUUUUUUUUUUUUUUGAGGGGAACUCAUCUUUUGCUUUAUUGAAUGCCCGUUUGGGAUCACGUGAAUAUUACAGUUUUCAUCUUUCAUAUAUCCAGCUGAUAAACACAGCUUUGAUCUACAUACCCUGCAUAUUCAUGAUAGGGUAAGAAGAGAAAUCUAUAGGCGUGUGAUGAAAGAAUAUUCUUCCGUAACUGGAAACAAAAGAAACCAAUCUCAUCAAAGCGAUACUCGUUCAGAAGUUUGUGAAGUGUAAUAUUCUGUUGCAUGAAUUUACCAGUCUUGGAGAGUUGAGAAGUAUAGAGUUCAAUAUAACAGAAAUGAAAUACUUCUGGGGGGAGGGAGCGGAUGUUGCGUUUUGUCCUGGAAGGACCCAUAGGAAGAGCGUGUAUGUCCAGCCGGGGUGGAGACAUUUACAGGUGUGACCCCGUUACCAUGUAACGGAAGUCGGAUGUGUAAAUCUCUGAGCACUCGUGAGGGGUGAACGUACCUACGGUGUGUAAAGCGAAAAGCAUGAAAUGACCAUAUUAUUUUUUGGUGACGGGUCUGGCGAUGGCCGCGGGCUUUAUACCAUGAAACUCUCCUGGUAGCAAACGGCCCACGAGAAAUGAUUUUUCUUUCUAAGAUUUCUAUAAAUGGUACCAUUAUUAUUUGUUAAAUCUAUGUAAAUUCAUAUUUGUAUUCUUGAAAUUCUAGUUUUAGCCCUUUAAAACAAAGUUGUAUAUUGUCUCAAAUUGAAAAUGAGAUAAGAUGUAUUUUUCCUGUUAGGUUUUAUACCGCACUCUCGAUGUCUGCCCAUUUUUAAGUUAAAUAUAGCUGUAUGGAAAAGUACAUUUUAUUAAAUUUUGCAUUAAAAAGUGAAAUGUUUAUGGUAUACCAACACCGUCUAAUUUGGUCAAAUGCAGUUCUCUUCCAAAACCAAAGCCUAAGGGUUGAUGGGGUUUUUUUUUUCUUGCAUAUUUAGUAAAACUUCAAGUGCUGGCAACUGUAACUAUUCUCACAUAUACCUGCUUACCAGUUUGGGGGACAAUUUGGCAAUUCUGUGGUUACAAAACUAUGGUUCUCUUUAAGUGCCAGUGUUUAAAAGGAGCAAAAAAAAAAGGAAAAAAAAAAAAAAAAAAAGGAAAAAAAAAGCAAAAAAAGCAUUCUUGUAAUUUUACACGCUUUUGUGAUGGAGUAUUGUUUUGUUAUACGAUUUUGACUUUCAGAUUCUUAUUUCAAUUUGCAUUUAUGUAUAACUUCAGGAGAAAUAUUGAACAUCUGAAUCCUGGAUGAUACUAAUAAACUAAUAAUUGCAGAGGUUUUAA